GGCAUCACCGAGUAAUGACCGCAUCCUCCGCUGAAAAAACAGGCAGAAUUCUUCCGGAGACUGACGACGAAGGCGCUUCCGCUGCUGAACUGGAGAUCAAAAACGUCGAAAACGCAAGUCUAUACACAAUAGAAGAUGUCAAGUUCCUGCUGAAAAAAAACAUAACUUAUCAGAUCGGCCGUGAUUUGGCGGCCAAUCGAACCGACGCGAUCAAUUUAAACCACGUUUCAGUGCAUCCUAAACACGCUGAAAUUUCAGUGGAACUUCGAGAAUCCUACGACGGACACCUGAUCAGCUAUGUCGAGUCAGGCGUUUACCUCUCCCGAUCAGAGAAGGCGAAGGGAGUUCCUUUGGAUCUGGGGAUCACUCAUAAAAUUCGCAGCGGGGAUUAUAUUACUUUUGGCCAAAUCAAAUGUUUGUUUAUACGUUCUGCGCCAAAAUCGGCCGACACUUUGAAAAUUGAAGACCACGGACCUCUACCGCGUCUGUUGGUCUCCUUCCCGGAACGGACCGUGCGCCCACACCCAUCUGGGCAUCCUCUGUCCUUUGAUGGACCUUUCUCUAAAUCUAUGUCUACACCCCAUUCUUCAAUUUGCCAACUACGAACGGUCAAUUCCGAUCCCACACAUAACGUCAAACGCUGCGCCAACCCCGGAUCUCACACUGCCUCCAAGUCUUCCACACCGACUUGUACACAGUUGCUUCAAGACAUUCACAAAAUCUUCAAUUCAAAAAUUUCAGACGCGCCCGUUUGCGAGGGAAGUACUCCGAAACGUCGCGCCUUUUCAUCUGUCCUUCUAGAUUUUUCUUUUAGCAACUCUUCGCGUCAGUCACCUUUCUUUGAUCAAGAUCUUCUCUUGUGCGACGAGCAGGACUACUCGCGAAGCGUCAUCGACGAGAGAUCGGUUCUCUCCGAAACAGUUCACUCUAACAGCCAUGAUGAAGACAACCAAGUCAACAGCUCCUGCAGCCCUAUCGAUAUUGUACUGUCUGCCAAAUGGUUUUUGUUUCCUUCGAAAGCAGUUCCAGCCCUCCGCCUAACCCUUUUUUCCCCCCCGCACAACUUUUCAAACAAAAAAUACCUGCCAGCCAUGGACGUACGCGUCUACCGACGACAGCACCGAAGUAGCCACCCAGAUAAUCGAUCCACCCAUCGACGAAACAAAAGAUGA